GAGGGCAUGUGUUGAAAAGCCUUAAAAUAACACUUUUCAACAUUGUUACACACAAUCUAAAUUAUAAUUCAUAUUUAACCCCUCCUGUUUUUUAUUAUUAUUGAUUUCCCAUCCAUCCCUUUUUUUUUUUUUUUUUCCCUCUCUUUUUCUUUGUUCAAACUCUUUUUAACUAAAGAUGUUACCCAAUUCUAGAAUCAUACCUUCUUCAAAUAAUAAUAAAAACUUACGUACAAGAUCGAAUUCGACAUCAGCUGCCUUUGAGAGUAGUAAUGGACAGCAAAAGAAAGGAUUUAUCUCUCGACUGUUGGCAAAUCCAAGUAAUAAUUCACGAGAUCAUCCUUACUACCCAUCCAGACCAAAAUAUGAAUCCGUAUUAGGCAUUCAACAUGACACCACCGCUGCCUGGGGGAAACCUUCAGAAAAGACCUCAUUGAAAAGCUCUUCUUCCACUGGAAGUGCUACUGGAUUUGGUAAGCUCUUCAAAAAAAGAGGAAAGACAUUGGAUGAUUUAGAUAAUUUUGAGAAUCUGGAUGACGAUCUACCAAAAGUAAGACCCAUCCAUAACAGCAGUAUCCGUAGAAAACACACCAAAAUUCCAUUGGCUCCACCUCCCGUUGUUCUCAAACGAAAUACGCAACAACCUGACAGUCUCUUAACCGAUUUGCCAGACCAAUACAUCACAAAACGCCCUUCCCUUCACCUUAAUAACAGCGAUAAUGCCUCUCUUCGUAAAUCAUCAGGAUCCUAUUCCAUCUAUUCCACUUUUGGAGGAAAUGGAAACGGUUCAUUGUACUCUGUCGAAGUAGCCAAAAAAGAUAAAAGUGUCGACUCCUUCAUGACAGUUGUUACCACGUUACCAGACCAACCCAUUCAUUCAGAAGACAACAGCAAUGAGGAAGAGACCAACGAAGAAGACACAAAUGAAGACACCAACGAAGACGAUGAUGAAGACACAACGACCACAAACGAGGACUCAGACGACGAAUUCGUCGAUGCCACAGGAUCUUCACAAGAAGACAUUGAACGAGAAAAAAGACUAGAAAUACAAAGCAAUCUCUCUAAGCGUCUAAGCGGAGGUCAUUUUGGAAGCGCAGGAGGCUUACUCCUCAGCAUUAACGAACCACCUCCCGUACCUCAACGAAGAUCCCUAAACCAAGACGACGAACUUUCGAAAAGCAUGUUAAACUGGAAACGACAUUCGGAUUCUGGCAAACGUUGGAGUUUACGUGCCACCACUGAGGAAGAACAAAAACAUGCUAGUACCAUCACCGUCAUUGAUUUGAGAUCCGAUCUAAGUAUACCUCAAAUAGACGUACCAGAAGAAGAUGAAGAAGAGGAAUUAUCCGUACCGGAUAAAUUGGCUUUACGUCAAAAGGCCCAGGAGGCUUUAGAUGGUAAUGAUACAAGGACAGAAAGUACUACCGAAUUAUUCAGCAAAACUUUGGAUGAUGUUUGGAAAACCAUGGAUGAAAACAAGCUGGAAUUAUUUCAUCAAGACACACCAUUGCCAAAAGAACCUGAUAUUUCGGAUAAAGUAAAGGAAACCGCAUUACAGUUAUGGAAAGAGGAUGAAACUACCGUCACCAAAGAAAGAAUGGCCGAAUGGCUCGGUCAAGGAAAACCUUUUCAUUCAGCGGUAUUAUACCAAUACAUGGACUAUUUCUAUUUCACCGAUAUGCGAUUAGACAGCGCUUUUCGAAAACUAUGCAGUAAACUCUACUUUAAAGCAGAAGCACAACAAAUUGACCGUAUUUUAGAAUCCUUUGCACACCGUUAUUGGGAUUGUAAUCCGGGUUGUUUAUUUGGUAGUGCAGAUAUCGUCUAUGCAGUCGUCUAUUCGCUUUUGCUCUUAAAUACAGAUCUUCAUGUAGCCCAAGGAAAUCAUGCCAGAAUGACACGAUCCGAAUUUAUCCGUAAUACCAUGUCCACCAUUCGUGAUCAACGCGAUCACGAAGCCCUCAUGGGCAAUUCUCACCCUCCACACCAUCCUACCCCCACAAAAUCUUCCAUAGCAUGGGAAGCAGAAGUAGAAGCCACUAUCAAGGAAAUGUACGUCUCUGUCAAACAAUACCAAAUCCUGCAGCCUUUGGGUCGAAAAUCCAGUUUGACAAAACGAUCUAGUAUGAUGGGAAAACGUGUGAUAGGAAUUAAACGUAGUGUGAAUUCCAUUAUUCGAAAAUCAGGACGAGAAAGUGUCAUGUUGGAUGAUUUACUCGUACCACCACCUAGCACCGCAUCGCCACCACCGCCUUCUACCAUUCGAUCUAGUAUGAGUUCAGGAUACAAUCGACCUUUUAUACGAUCCCCUCGACGUGAUUCCUUUUCUUCAGCUACAAGUUCCAGCGCCACUUCACUCAGUUCUCGCUGCACAUCACCUACCAACUCUCUAUCCCCACCACCACCCACAACAGGACAAUCCAUGAUGGGAUACAUGAACAAUACCCAUUUAUUCUCCAGUCGUCCUCCCUACUUUAAAGAAGGCGUCGUCAUGCGAAAACACCUCUUGGAAAACGCAACACACAAAGCACGUCAUCGUGAAUGGCGUGAAUGCUUUUUAGAAGUCGGUCCCGAUGGAUUACGCAUGUUUGCCUUAUUACAAAAUACUGGCCCCAUCGGCGACAAAAGCUUAUUCCGCCAUAGUAGCUUAUUUGAAAAAUCAUCUACCCCACAUAAAUGGACAGCAUCUUCUCAACUCAUUGGAGAAAUCGAAUUAAAUCAUACGCUGGCAAACCCUUUGCCCCCACCGGGUUACAACAGACAGCGCCCUCAUGUCUUUGCUAUCCAGCAAUCCGACGGUGGUGUCUAUCUAUUUCAAGUGGCCUCCUCAGAGCAAACCCAGGAAUGGGUCUCUACCUGUAAUUAUUGGGCGGCACGUGAAAGUAAAGAACCUUUACCGGGCGGUGUGGGUAAUAUGGAGUACGGCUGGGGUGAAUGCCUGAGUGAUGUUAUUCUGGAUCUGGAUGCUAUGCGAAGAGGUCAGGAACAAAAACAACAUGUGUCGCAAGUGGAUCCAGACACGAUCCUUAUUGGCGAUUGGUUACCGCCGACAGCGACCAUGGUGUCUAGUGCCAUGGAUGAAAAGGAGCAGUAUGAGAUGCUACAAAAGCAUCUUGUUGAAUUAAAUCAUGAGAUUAAUCAACACCGCGAUAUCAAGACAAAGAUUAUGCUGAAGUUUCCGACAAGGUGCGCAAAUUACGGUAAAGUGAUGCAUAAUUGGGAAGCAAGGUCGAAAUAUUUACUACACGAUAUCAUAAAAUACCAAAAUUAUUGUGAUGCCUUGGAGAAGAGUCUUCAGAAACGACCCAAGCCUGUGGUGACAGAGUGCCCCGUACCACUGUCUUAUCAAACAAGUCAAGUGGAUCUUUUAAAAGAAAUUAAUCAAGACUUAUUCUUACUAUAAUACAUAUUGAAUGCUUGUAGAUCUUGGGUAUUAAUAAUAAAAGUCAUUAAUAGAUGUACAUACUCAUCUUCUUUUGCUGAAUCAAA